AUGGGAGGUGUCGACAAGUUUACCCUCAACGAUCGCCAAUUCAUAUGCGUUGAAUAUCCUGGUCGUGUAAAAAACAUUGAUCGUGCCAUUGACACCUUGGGUGGACAGCAAGCCAUUACAGCGGCCGUAGAGAAUCCAAAGAAUGGUAUCGAGUUGAGACUACGUCCCAAGGACCCUUUUUCCCAUCCUGUUUCAGGCGAGGUUAGGCGUAUCCCAGGUCUUUUGCUGAAGGUCACACGACGUCGAAGAAAGGGACAACCCGAGGAUGAAGGCGAAACCAAGGCAGAGAUAGUUGGUACAGUAACUCGUACAUGUCGUUUUCGUGCCAUGGGAGAUUUCCAGUACCUGGUGCCAAAAGAUGAUCGUAUGCGGCAAACAAGAGAAGCAAUCUUAAAGGGUGAUGUACAAAAAAUCCGAGAUUUCAGGCCGCGUACCAGUGCAGAAGAAGGACCAGAUUUGCAUUCUGUACCACCACCUCUUUUCAGUCUUCGAGAUGCUCCAUUCAAUUAUGGAUACAAGCAAGCUGCUCGUGUGAUACAAGUGAAAGUGCGUCAACCGGAUGGAUCGUAUGCGGUCAAGCUUUUACACAAGGCCUCAAAAACAGAUGCUGGUCGCCAAAUGAUUCGAUACAAUAGUCCUACCGUUCCAUCAGAACCGAUUAUCUCUGAAAGUAUCUUGGGCCCAGAAGAAAGGCGUCUCGCUAAAGAGCUCACCAAGGAAAAGUAUUUCCAAGAACGACCCAUGUGGACUAGAAGCGCCCUUCUUCAUCAAUUCCCUAUUAAGGAUUACAAGUACAUCAGAACAGCCCUCAAUCUACAUUGUUACUCUUUCCGAAACGGUCCAUGGAAGGAGGUGCUUAUUCGGUUAGGAGAAGAUCCAAGGAAAGAUCCAAAUUGUCACAUUUAUCAAUCAAUCAUUAUGCGUCUUCAUGUGAAACGACCCAAUCAGGAAGAACUGCAUCAAAAAUCCAUACAUCAAGCCAAACUAAAGACCGCACGUAACCGACACGCUGCAAGCAAUUAUGGGGUACCUGAGCUUAGUGAGGAAGAUCGUCAAGCACACAUUUUCAAUGGCCAGCGUGCUCCUGUUGACUCAAGCACCUAUUGCUUAUAUGAUGUUACCGAUCCCGAUUUACAAAACUUGAUCCAUUCAGCUGCUUUCAGGAAAUCAACAUGCACAGCACAUUCUGGUUUUUAUUAUCGCUGUGUCAUUGAACGUAUACGACACAUCAUGAGAAGGAAGAUGGAACAAGUGAUUGAGUCAGGAAAAGCAGAUCCAUGGGAGGAUCCCGAAGAAGGGUUGGAUGAAUUGAUUGCCAAAGAAAAAGAGUCGGCGAACCAAGAUGAGGAUGAGCGUGCUGCAGAGGAGCGUGAUCAAGCGCAGGCCCAAAUUAGUCAAUGGGAAGACGCAAAUGAUCCUGAAACGGCAAAGAUGUUCGAGACGCUGCGAGAAGCGGGUGCAUUGAGUGCUCUUAAUACCGAAGACCUCAACUUGGAAGAUCUUGGCUUGGAUGAGCUGGCUGGUCUAGGAAGCUUUGCCGAUGUCUUUGAUCAAGACGAAGGAGAGGAUGAAGAAGAAGAUGCAGAGGAGGAUAAACCAUUAUGGCAGCUGGAUGAUCUUAAUGAUCUUUAG